AAAACUUCAAUCAGUCGUCAAAAUGGCGUUACUCAUGCCGAUUGUGUCGGUCGCAAUUUCUAUUUUGUACACACCGUUUUUGCUUCUAAUUUUAUGUGUUAUUUUCCUAGCAUCUAUUGGUAAAUCCCUCGGCGUAAGGCGUCUCUAUGUAAACAUUCUUCUCAAGCUAUUCGAGUACGGUCGACAGCAUAUAGAAGUAGCAAGGAAGGUGAACAGGAGCGACAGUUCUGAUGAUGAAGAGGAACCGCCAGUGCCUGAUGAUAAACCACCUUCUGCCAUCAUCAAGGAGAAUGGGAGUAACGGUACAAAGAUGACGGUGAUAGAAAGGGAGGAGAUACUAGGUCCAUCGCCAGAGUUGAACUACAAGAGGAGUUCCAGUCAAGAGCGUAUGCAAAACGGUCAUAAAGAGCUUAAGAAUGAGGUAAACCUGGAGUUCCACCUGUCUCACUCGCUGGACCUGGUUAAAGCUGGCAUGGAGUCCAUCAUUGAGGAUCAGGUGACGUCGGUCUUCGAAGCCGAAGAGUUGAGGAGUUGGAACUUACUCACCAGGACCAACAGACAAUAUGAGUUCCUGACAUGGCGCCUGACCAUAAUCUGGGCGAUGGGUUUCAUCGUCAGAUACAUGUUCUUGUUGCCACUCAGGAUACUCAUCUUCGUUAUUGGGGUGUACACAACAAUAAUUACCACCACCCUGGUGAGCUGCCUGCCACGCGGCCGCAUACGCCUGUUCUUCGGCGAGAUAUCAUACAAAAUGUCCAACAGAAUUAUGAUCAGAAGUCUCUCGUGUGUGGCGACCUUCCACAACUUGGAGUACAUGCCGAAAAAGAACGGCUUCUGUGUUGCCAACCACACCAGUCCGAUCGAUGUUGCCGUGUUGAGCAUUAACAAUUGCUACUCUUUGAUAGGACAGAGACACGGGGGCUUCCUAGGGCUCCUGCAGAGGGCGCUGGCGAGGGCUUCGCCCCACAUCUGGUUCGAGAGGUCGGAGGUCAAAGACAGACAUGCUGUUGCUAAAAGGCUAGCGGAACACAUAGCUGACCCGAACAAUCCACCCAUACUUAUAUUUCCUGAGGGGACCUGCAUCAAUAACACUUCGGUCAUGCAAUUCAAGAAAGGCAGUUUUGAAGUCGGCGGCACUAUAUAUCCGGUCGCUAUAAAAUACGACCCACGUUUCGGAGACGCGUUCUGGAACAGCUCCCGUUACGGAAUGCUUCAUUACCUGUUGAAUAUGAUGAGUUCGUGGGCCAUCGUCUGCGAUGUCUGGUACUUACCGCCAAUGCACAGAUCUGCAAACGAGUCUGCGGUGGACUUCGCUAACAGAGUGAAGGCGAACAUAGCGAGGAGGGGUGGACUAGUUGAUCUGCAGUGGGACGGCCAACUGAAACGAAUGAAAGCGAAGAAGGAAUGGCGGGAACUACAACAGGAAGAGUUCAGUAGGAGAUUGAAGGGAGAGUGAGAUGUGUCACGUGUUACAAUGUUUUUGUAUCUAGAGACAGGGUCCGGGCGAUGUAGACGCGGCUUUAGAAUUAUAGUGACUAACUUAAAAAUCGAUAAUUAUUUAUAGGUGUUUCUCGCCAGUUUUUUUUUAAAUACAGCAUUUAUAUAUAUAUAUAUAUAUAGUGAUGUUUAUCCGUUGCGGGGUAGACAGUAGGUCUCGGUAAGAGUGAAAAGUCACGUGCAGCCGUUUGGCUCAAUGAUGGAAUUGAGAUUUGAAUAGUGACAGGUCGCUAGUUCAUCGCCUAUAAAAAUUUAUAGGGGAUUUUUAAAAACACCUCUAAAAGAGUUUGCAUUUAUAAGUAACUGAAAAAAUAACGAACAUUCUUAUCGGAAUAAUCAAAUGUUAUGUUAACGUCACUAUACUGAAUAACGUUAUAAUAAACGUUAUAACGUUUACGUUGUAAUAACGUUAUAUAAUGUUAUUAAUUUUUUUUUAUUUAUUAUUAUAAGACUUUUCAAACAUCACUCGGUAAUUGUCAUAUCUUUUGGUUUCAAAACAUUGGUUGACGUCGAAUAAAUUAUUUUAAACUAAGUUUACUGCCGCUUCCAAAGCGUCAGUGCAGAAGAAGCGGUAACAAACUACACUGCAGCAUUUUCUUCAAUAACGUCAACUACUAUUUGCAUCUUAUGUUAGUCUCAAAAAGUCCUUUUUUUUUAAUAAUUCUGAUUAUUAAAUUUUAUAUUUAAUUAAUGCCCUGUGGUUCCCAGAACCAAUACAAAAAAGAAGAGGACCACUCCAUCUCUUUCCCACGGAUGUCGUAAAAUGCGACUAAGGGAUAGGCUUACAAACUUGUGAUUCCUCUUUUAGGCGAUGGGCUAGCAACCUGUCACUAUUUAAAUUCUUUAGAUCUUUUAUAUAAUCUUUAUUUAAAGAGAUGGAGUGGUCCUAUUCUUUUUUAAAACCGACAUUGGCCUCCAUGGAAAUAGUUGUUCGCUGUGAUGGUCCGAGCAAGUACGAAGUAAAAAAUUUGUUUGUUUAAAAAUUUUGAAAAAUAACUAUCAUUUUUAAAGUCGGCUGAAAAUUUGUGUUUGUACCUACCAAUGUUUUUGUUUGAAAUUAAAAGUCGUAGGUAUUGAUAAAAAUGAGUGAUAAUGAUGAAAUGAUGUGAUAUGGUGGAGGGACGUGAAACAAGAUCGUUGGAUAUGAUAACAAAAUGUUGUUUUUUUUUUUUUUGUAAUAUUAAAAUUGUACAUAGAUUAUUUGUUUAUUGAUGAACUAAUGAAUGAGUUUGUCACUUAAAAAAAAAGGUAAAUUACAUACAUACAUAAAAUCACGCCUCUUUCCCGGAGGGGUAGGCAGAGACUUAGCUCUUUCCACUUGCCACGAUCUCUGCAUACUUCCUUCGCUUCUUCCACAUUCAUAACUCUCUUCAUGCAAGCUCGGCGGUUUCGGGUACUUUUGACAUGACCCUUAAUAAAAGGGAAAUAAGUCGGGAUAAAUAAAAUUUUGGUACUUCGCUGCACUGGUGUGCCGACCCGCUCUCUCUCACUUCUCUCUCUCUCUCUUUGACUCUUCAACUUGCAGUUGAAGUUGAGAGUCGCGGAUGAUGAUGAAAAGAUGUCUUAUUUAAAUUAUUUACAAUUAUGUACAUUGUUAAUAUAUAUAAAUUGUAUAUGCUUAUUGUUAGUAAAGGUGCGUACUGAUUGGAUAAGAUAACAAUGUUAUUUGAACUAUGUUUUAUAAUUUAAAUUAUUAUUUUUUUCAUUCAUUAUUUUGGGACACUUCAUAUCAUUUAAUAAUUGUCAUAGCUUUUGGUUUCACAACAUUGGUGGACGUCAAAUUAAUUACUUAAAACCGAGUUUACUGCCGCUUCCGAAGCGUCUGUUGGACGGAUGUUUAUCUAUAUAAGUGUUUAUUAUAAAAUAUAGUAUCGUUGAGUUAGUAUCUCGUAACACAAGUCUCGAACUUACUUCGAGGCUAACUCAAUCUGUGUAAUUGGUCCCGUAUAUAUUUAUUUAUUUAUCUGCUGACAACUGUACCAAUAGUAUAACAAUAUGGCGUCGAUAGAUUAUCUGUGAAAUAGAUUUUGUCAUUAAUAAUUCAUAUCAUAGGUAAUACAUAUUUAAAAAUAAUAAAAGAUUUCACUAGUUGAUCGUAGAUGAAAUCUAAAUUACAUAUUCUUCCUCUGGGUUUUUAGUCCCGGUUGCAUCCUCACCUCUCUGGAGAGGAGCCCGGGGUAUGCCUUAGACCAUGGAUCCUGGAUUGUCUGAGUCAGGUUUUUACACGAAGCGACUAACGUCUGACCUCCGCAACCUUUGCAGGUAAACCUAACCCGUAUUGGAUCCAUGGUUACACAUCCAGUUGCCUGAAUGGCAGGUUUCCUCACGAUAUUUUCCCUCACCGUAAUAGAAUCCGGUUAGUAUUCAAACUAAUGUACAUAACUUUCAAAAUAAUCAUUUAGAUCGAGGUGGGAUUUGAACCUGUGCCUUUCUGCGCAUCGCGCAUUUUAACCGGGCCUCAAAGAUUCGAAAAAAAUCUCAAAAUCAGAAAUACAUAUUAUGAAAUUUUAAUUUAUUUAAAAACUUAAUUGGGCCUUUUAGACACAAUAGGUGAACUUAAUGCUAAUAGCAUUCUCUACCAGUCUCAAAUAUUGUUAUCACUUUUCUAAGUCACAUCGGCGGUAUUCGACGGCGCAAAAAAAGCGCAACCUACCGCCGAAUAAAAUUUUUAUAAAACAACGACCUUAUUACGGGAAUAUUAAAGUUUCAGAUCAAAAA